AUGGCAUCUAGUAGCAGUGGUCCCCCAGAUAUCAAAAUCCAUAAUGUUUUCUUAUCAAAUGUGGAAGAAGAGUUCGCUCGAAUCCGUGGAUUAGUUGAGGAUUAUCCAUAUGUGGCCAUGGACACAGAGUUUCCGGGAGUGGUUGCGACGCCAUUGGGAACGUUCCGAAGCAAAGAAGAUUUUAAUUAUCAGCAAGUGUUCUGUAAUGUCAACAUGCUGAAAUUAAUACAGGUUGGAUUUGCCAUGGUCAACGACAAAGGCGAGCUGCCCCCAACGGGCGAUGUUUGGCAGUUCAAUUUCAAUUUCUCCUUCGCCGAAGACAUGUUUUCACAUGACAGUGUUGAAAUGCUGCGUCAAGCGGGUAUUGAUUUCAACGCAUUGCAGGCAAGAUACAUUUCUUUUUAUAAGUUACCCGAAAGCUUCUUUCAGCAUGAGGGAAUACCAACACAUGUAUUCGGCGAGUUGCUGACAACAUCUGGACUAAUUACGGAUCCGCGGAUUACAUGGCUGACAUUCUCCUCGGGCUACGACUUUGGAUACCUUCUGAAAAGUAUAACGCUUGGCGAUCUGCCCAAAGAAGAAGCUAUGUUCUUCACAUGUCACAAAACUCUGUUCCCGACCAGUUUCGACAUCAAAAUUCUUCUCCGAACGCCGAAUUGCGCAUCAGCGAAGCUGAAAGGUGGUCUGCAGGAGGUUGCUGACCAGUUGGAUGUAAAACGACAAGGAGUUCGUCAUCAGGCAGGAUCCGAUGCACUUUUGACGGCUGCAACGUUUUUCAAAAUCAAGAAGCAGUUUUUCGGAGAUAGCUGGAAUCAAAUUGCUCCUCUGAUUUGCGGUCACAUGUUUGGACUUGGAUCGUCACUUUCCCUCUUCCAUUCCGGUGGUUCACAAGCCCGACUUGGAGAGGAUCCCAAUCAAGGAAUGGGUGGAAUUCAGCAACAAGCGUAA